AUGAGUCCAAAAUGCCCUACUCUAAACGCCAUCCGUGACCUGUUGCUGUUCCAAAAUGCACCUGCAGAAGCGCAACACAAAGAAAAAGACUCAAAAAGAGUUCGAGAUGAAUCAGCUUCGGAAUCAGAAGCCCCUCAGAAACGUCGAAGUGGAGAAAAAGACCCCAAGCAGAACCCUGUUGUGUCGGGAGCCCAGGGCAAAUCCCUGCAGCUUCAGACUCGCGGUCCUCUCGCUCUGAAAGGCCAAGGACAUGGGAGCGCCAUGAUCCUCCAAUCACUAAUUACAAUGAUGUUCCUGUGGGGUGGUCAAUGGACGAGCUGGAUAUCCAUCUAA